AUGUCGAGCAAGAACUAUGAUUGGAAACCAAUGCCCGGCACCAGAUCAUUUUGCGAGACCAGCAUCGACCCCGUAUGGCGCGUUAGCUUCGUGCGCAGCGAUCCCAUCGAAACUGUAAUUCACAACGCCUGUGUAGCUAUGAUGCCCGAGUGCGCAUUCCGCGACCGCCUUUCCAACGGCACUAUCUGCAGCGCAACUGUCGACUACCCGCUCGACGGCAACAAGUACUACAAGCCGCCGAACGUCGAUGCGGUUAGGCACAACGGCACUGACUGGCAGCUUAUACCGAUCAUGUUUGUAGUAAGGCCUGGGGGGCGGGUAAAUGGCACUCCAGAUACACCUGUCUUCUGGAGGGUGGAAGAUUGCUAUGGAUAUCUUUUUCAGUUUUUCGAGAAGCUGAUGCCAGAGGGUUGUCGUAAUAGCGAGGGUUAUAGGUUUAUGGGGCAACUCGCUGUUGCGGAAGGGGGCUCGUUGGCUGACGCGAAACCGGGCUCGUUGGCUGGCACGAAAUUUUUUGUUACUUUUGAUAAUACUGGUGGUGGUGAUUAA